AUGUCAACGGUUUCAUCGAAGUCAUCGAAAAUCUCGACGGACGACGUCGAGAGUUGUGUGCAGAAUUGCGACUAUUUUCACGGUGUUAUUCAACGACAAGACGCCGACGAAUUGCUCAGAAAACCCGGCGAUUUUUUGCUCAGAAUUUCCGAAAUUAAUGACAAAUUAGCCAUUGUGGUUUCCGUUCGCGAUGAUCACAACACUGCUCAUCAUUUUGCGAUCCAUUCCGAUGCUAAUGGAUCGCAUUAUUGGAUCGAGGGGCAUAAAGAGAAAUCGAUCGAUAAACUCAUUCAAUAUUAUUUAAGCUCGAAAUCGGCGUUGACGAAAUCGUCGGGUGUGAAACUGAAAAAUGCAAUCGAAAAACCGGCAUGGAUCAUUGAUCAUGAGAAUGUGAUAUUGAGCAAAAAGCUGGGAGAAGGCGCGUUCGGAGAAGUGUAUCUUGCCGAAUGCGACAUUGGCGGGACCAUCAUUCCGGUGGCAGUGAAGACCGUCAAAACCCAAUUGACAAGGGCCACGCGAACCGCUUUUAUGAAGGAAGCGCGGCUGAUGAGAAAAUUCAAUCAUCCGCAUAUUGUUAAGAUUAUUGGUCUUGCUGUUCAUGCCCAUCCCAUCAUGAUUCUAAUGGAAGUGUGUCCACACGGCUCGCUGCUCUCAUAUUUGCGAAAAAACAAAACGACGACGAAGAACGCCGAGCUGUUGCGAUUCUGCGUCGAAUCCGCCGACGGUCUCGCGUUUCUCGAAUCCAGAAAAUGUCUGCAUCGCGAUAUUGCCGCUCGGAAUUGCCUUCUGUCGGCGAACGAUGAGAUCAAAAUCUCGGAUUUUGGGUUGUCCGAUGAUAAAACCACAGAAAUGCACGACGACACACUCGGCAAAGUGCCGGUGAAAUGGCUGGCGCCUGAAGUUUUGCAGGACAAAUUGUAUUCGCUCAAAAGUGACGUUUGGGCAUUUGGUGUUCUCAUGUGGGAGAUUUACUCUGAAGGCGAUGAUCCUUAUCCAGGACUAAGCAAUAUUCAAACUCGCGCCAAAAUCGUCGUCAGCAAUUAUCGCAUGAAGUUUCCGGAUCGAUGCCCUCGAGCGAUUGCCGACAUCGCGCUGAAAUUGUGCUGGGCGAAAUUGCCGCAGGAUCGAGCAACGAUGGAGACGAUUCACAAGAAGCUGAAAGAAGCGAAUCCCGAAUCGUCAUCACUCAGACAAAUCAUAUAA